GAGAAACUUUGCCGUCUGCCGCUCUUCCGCUGCAAUUCAAAAUUCAAAUAUGAUCGCCUAAGAGCUUCCCGCACCGACCGUCAGAAGACAGUUCCCAUCUUCACCCAAAAAAUGGGUUACAAAAAGAAAACGAAGAUUAACCCGCCGGCAGUGGUGGUCGAUUUGUCUUCUUCUUCUUCCCCGGCUUCUGACGAUGAGCCACAGGGCACUCCGCUAAGAGCAGUUUUCUGCCUGAAAAAAAGGGAGCAACUGCGCGAAUUCGAUGAUAAAGAGGAAUGCUUUAUUCUGGAUUUCGAUCCUUUCGAUUCCAAACGCUCCGUUUCUGAUUAUCAGGAUCCGGAAAUGGCCGUUGUAGCAGAAAAAGGUGGUGGCAUGUAGAGAUUUUCCACACCCAAGGCAUACCUGUGUUAAGUUCCCCUUUAACACAACACCUCAUGAGAAACACUGUAAUCUGUGCUAUUGCUAUGUGUGCGAUGUUUCUGCUCCCUGUCGACACUGGAAUGGAUUAUCUGCGCAUUGCCACGCAUUAAAUACCGAAGCAUGGGAACAUCAACGAAAACAUACGAGACAACACAUGAAGGUUUAGUACUACGCAAAGGUCAUAAGUUUUUGUACUCUUACUUUGUUUUCACUGUGGAGAACAUAGACGCAUAUGCCUGGCGCAACCUAGGUCUGAACCAUUAAGUGCUGAACCAGUAAGAGGUCUGAACCAUUAAGAGCUAGUAUAUUGCUUAACUACUCAGAGGCAAAUGUCUGAUCAAUUCAGAUAAGAGGUCUUAACCAUUCAGACUCUGUAUAAUAUUUAACCAUUCAAAGGCAAAUCUCUUAACCAUUCAGACAUCUGAACCAUUAAGAGGCUGAAACAAACAGUCUGAACCAUU